AGAACGAGAACCUCUUUCCAUCUCCUAACUUAUACUCAAAGAAAGGAGCAAUAACAGUUCUAAUCUUCAAUUGCUAUCAGAGGAGUGCUGUUCAGGUAUGGAGGCUGAAUAUGAGACUUGGAAAGCCAUCUACCAUCAGCGCAUAUCCAACACAAUAUGGGUAGUUAGAUUGGAAACUUUAGUCGAUGGAAGAUCCAUGGUUUCGACCGGCACCGGUUUUUCCAUAGACGGUGAUGGUCAUAUAAUGACUUGUAACCAUGUUCUUGAUACUAGAGAAAAAGCUACUGUAUCUGUUCGUAAGACCAAAGGACUUCCUCACUGGAUUAGGGCUACUAUAGUACGUACUUAUCCUAUGUAUGAUAUUGCAAUACUGAAAAAACCCACUACCCUUCGUAAGGAUAGGGAAAUUUUUGCAGAAGAUGGUAGUUUAGUGGUUGGUCAAACCGUAGCGCAUAUAGGAAACCCUUACAAUAUGUUUGGCUCAUUCUUUCGUGGUAAAGUCUCAUUUCCCAUCUUUAAAGAUGCUGCGAUUCCUCAAGAUUCCCAAACUUGUCGUAAUUUCAAAUCUAACAUAAUAGAGUUUGAACCCCCCCGGCACUCAAUUAUGGGACAUAUAUGGAAUUCAAUUAAUAGAAACUUUGAUACAUCUGAACUUCACCCACAAAUCCCAUUAAUACAUAUUAAUGGUUUUGGGAUUUGCAGUGGCUGUUCAGGGGGCCCGGUGUAUAAUCUCAAAGGAGAGGUUAUUGGAAUGGUUAUCUUAAGUGAUCGGUAUGAGACGGUUGCUAUUCAUGUUAACUUGUUAAGAUAUGUUAGUGAGACAUUUUUCGUAAAAGCAACAAAGACUCGGGGCAAUCCUUCUAAGAGGCAUAAGGGGAGUGUCAUGAAUGUAACAACAGCUGAUAAAUUGAAGAAAACAGCUGCCUGCAUUGUUUUGGGCAAUGAAUUAGUGGAUAUGCGUAGCUUGACUGAAGAGUCCGCAGAACGAAUUGCAAUGCCACUACAACCUAUCAUUGAGGAUACACAAGCUAGUGCUAGUGGCUCUGUUGAAAUCGACAGAGGGGAUGAGUUAGAAGACCCCGAGUCACAUAGUCUGGUGGUUGUUCCACAGAAUCAGCUCACUUCUUCACAGAUCAGUGACAUUGCUAAGGGGGAAGAAUUUGUUGAAAUUCCAUGGUUAAAUGAAAUCAACAAAGAAUGCCCUCCAUCUUUCAACUACAUUUCUCAAAACCUCAUUUUUCAAAAUGCUCAUGUGAAGUUCACUCUCUCUCAAAUCAAGGCUGAAAAUUGUUGUUCUACAUGUAUUGGUGAUUGUCUGUCCUCCACUACAGUUUGUGCUUGUGCCAGUGAAAAUGGAGAUAAGUUCGCAUACAAUUCACACGGCCUUCUCACGGAAGAGUUUUUAGAGGACUGUAUCUCUAUUACUCGUGAUCCUCAACGGCAAUGCCUGUCCUAUUGUAAAGCUUGCCCACUUGAAAGAUCAAAAAAUGAAGAAAUCUUAGAACCAUGCAAGGGCCAUGUGAAGAGGAAUUAUAUAAAAGAAUGCUGGAGCAAAUGCGCCUGCCAUAAGCUGUGUGGAAAUCGAGUAGUGCAGCGAGGUAUAAUGUCUCAAUUGCAGGUUUUCUUUACACCCGAAGGAAAGGGAUGGGGUCUCAGAACCUUAGAUAAGUUGCCGAAAGGGAUCUUUGUGUGUGAGUAUGUUGGAGAAAUACUAACUGGCAAGGAGUUGCAAGAGAGAAAGAUGCAAAGAACAAGAGGCACCAAUGUUAACCGUCGUACAUGUUCAGUUUUAUUGGACGCAUAUUGGUGCUUGAAAGGAGCAGUGAAGGACGAAGAAACUCUUUGUUUGGAUGCAACAUCUUUUGGAAAUGUUGCUAGGUUUAUCAAUCACAGGUGCCUUGAUUCAAACUUGAUUGAGAUCCCAGUCAAAAUGGAUACAUCAGAUCAUCAUUACUAUCACCCUGCCUUUUUCACCACUAGAGAUGUAGAUGCCAUGGAAGAACUAACAUGGGAUUAUGGUAUUGAUUUCGACGAUAAUGAUCAUCCUGUGGAGAUGUUCCGGUGCUUAUGUGGUAGCAAGUUCUGCAGGAACACGAAACAUUCUAAUAGGUCCAAGCAUCUAUUAAGAUGACCGACUCCAGGAGAUUAAGAGACUCGGGCUUUUUCUUUUUGUCUGUCGCUUCUUGAUAAGUUGGAAAAGUUCAUGAAGCGGAUCUUGCAGAUUAGGUUCUAGUAGCUAUGCUUUAACUGUUGCAGAUUAGGUUAUCCUGUAAAACUUGGAGCUGAUGAGUUAUACACUGUCACAUGAGAUGGAUGGUAUUUGUACAGAACGCAAGUCAGCUGCCUAUGUGUUUUGAUCUCGUAGCUAAUAUUAGCUUAGGGCCGGACCCUUUUCUUUUCCGGGUGUGGCCGGGGCAGGGAGACUCUGAAUUUUGAAUGUUGGUGUUUAUGGCUGGUCUUUUUCCCUGUCAUGGAUGAUGAUUGAGAACCAGGUAGAAUUUUCUGCUAUUGUACAGUUGAUCUUGCCCCUUAUCAAAGUUAUGCAUGUUGUUUUAAUUUUAAA